GGGGCCGAGGUGGCUGAAGGCGCGGUAGGGAUGCUGAUGUGGCAGUGGCGACUCAGGGAGGUGCUGCAGCCCUGGGUCUGAGGGAGCGCCCAGGCUGCGGGAGGAGCGGUGCCGUGCGCUGGUCCGGUGGGCGAGAGUGGACUCCGUGGUGGGGGAGGGCUGGGCUAAGCCCGGCCUUUUCUCGGACUCUCCCGUCGCCUCUUGCCGCCUGUUCCCAGCAGGAAUAUCGCCCUGGUGAUUUCCGAGGGAAAAAGCGAGGCGGCGGAUAGAUGUCGCUUUUGCGGGCGAGGACUUGUUAUCCAAAAGUGCUUGAGUAAACUCUGAAUGCGUUUGGAGUUUGCGGAGAGGACAAAAGCGUCUUUCUCGUGCUGAGAAUGGAUGAAGACAGUCUGGAAGCAGCGAUCCAGACCUACAAUGCCCAGCUGGAGCAGGUGGAGCUGGCGCUGGGGGUGGGCCAGGACCCAUCGCAGCAGUCGGACCUGAUCCAGCUUCAGGAGGAUUUGAAGCAGCUCAUAGAACUAACCAAGUCGAGCCUGGUGGCUGUGAAAAAGAGCAAACUUCUUGCCACUUUGGACACAGAUGCCUCCUCCUCCUCCUCCCCAGCAGGUCUCCCAGGGCAGGAUUCCCACCUGGAGACGUCUGGCCAAGAUGAGGAAUACGCUGCUUUUAAAGAAGCCAUUGCUGGUCUUGGAACAGAUGAGGAGCCUCCAGCUGAGGACAACAAGAUCUCAGAAGGAGAGGGCGAAACUGGGGAUAAAAUCAAAUCAAAGUGUAGUGAAGAGGAGGAGGAGUCUGAGAGAGAGGAGGAGGAGGAGUUGAGUGGGAUGAAGGUUAAAGCCCCCUACUACAGCUCCUGGGGGACCUUGGAGUACCACAAUGCCAUGGUUGUAGGGACUGAGGAGUUGGAGGAUGGCAGUGCAGGGGUCAGGGUGCUCUAUCUGUACCCAACCCACAAGUCCCUGAAGCCGUGCCCAUUCUUCCUGGAUGACAAGUGCAGAUUUAAGGAGAACUGUCGGUUUUCCCAUGGUCAGGUGGUGUCCGUGGAGGAGCUCCAGCCAUUCCAGGAGCCUGACCUGAGCAGUCUGGGGGUGGGCUCAGCCUGCCUGGCCAAGCACAGUGAUGGGAUCUGGUACACGGCCAAAAUCACCGAUGUGGACAGUGGCUACUACACGGUGAAAUUUGACUCCCUGCUCCUCAAAGAGGCUGUGGUGGAAGGGGACAGUGUCAUUCCACCCCUGAGAAGUGAAGAUGCUGCUGAAUCUGGCGAGUCUGAUGAGGACAGUGUGGAUGAUUCUGGUUAUGCCAAAGAGUGCCCAAGUGACUUCUUGGAAGUUGCACAGGCAGCAUUGUCCCUCUGUCCCUCCCUGUGCAUGAUAGAUUCAGGGGUUCCAGAGAACGGGGAGUGGACCCCUGCCUGCAGCUCCUCUUUCGGUGGCUGGGAGGCCCAUACUCGUGGCAUUGGCUCCAAACUGCUUGUUCAGAUGGGAUAUGAGUUUGGAAAAGGCUUAGGGAAGAAUGGCGAGGGCAGAGUGGAGCCAGUGCAGGCUGUGGUGCUUCCUCGAGGGAAGUCCCUGGACCAGUGUGCUGAGGUGCUUCAGAAGAAGAAGCAGGGGAAGCUGGAGCCAGGCAAAUCGAGGAAAUGCCGAGCAAAGGGAAGCAGCUCUGGACAGCCCGGCGGCCGUAAGGCCCCGCGCAAUGUGUUUGACUUCCUGAACGAGAAACUGCGCGGGAAGAGUGCUGGGGACAAGGCUGGGGGGAUGGCUCUGCCCCAGAGGAACAGCAAAGAGAUCUACCACGCCAGUAAGAGCACCAAGAAGGCCCUGAGUGUCAGCCUCUUCCAGACCACGGAGAAGAUUGAGCAAACACAGAGGGAUAUCAGGGGAAUCCAGCAGGCCCUGGCACGCAACAUCGGGCGGCACAGCAUUGCUACAGCUCAGCUGGAGGAGAAACUGGCUGAUGCUCACAAGCAGCUGGGGCAGCUGCAGGCCCAGGAAGCCAGGCUGCAGCGGGAACAGAAGAAAGCAGACACCCACAAGAAGAUGACUGAGUUCUAGGUGCUGAGGAAGGUGUUGGGAUUGAGGAGUUGUCCUUCUGGUGCUCCUGGCCUCAGAGCCUUGAUGAGCUGUCCCGCUUUGCUGGGCCUCAGGGUGCCCAGCCUAAAACUGGACAAAAAAGCAGCAGUUUCUGGAUGCCUCUGAGCUCUUCUGGGAGGGGGAGGAGUGCACAUCUGUCCAGCCCCAAAAGCAUUCAGUGAGCUGGGCCUUGAAUGAGGCCUAGCUACAAGGAAUACAAUUUUCUGCUCUCUUGCACACUUCUUUCCUUCAUUUUCCCUGCUGCAGCAGCUCCAUCCAGAGUCUGUGGGUGCUCAGGUGAUAACAUUGCUGGCUACAAACCAGCUGAGGGGGCUUGGACAGCCCCACAUCCUGCCAUUAACUGUGACUUCUGUCUGUGGCCACCUGCCAAGCACAGGUGCAGGCAGGGUCCCGACCGUGGCUGGGUGAAAACAUCAAAGGUCAAGUGCUUUAGCUGCUCUCUGCCUUCUGGUUUCUACUCUGGGAUUUAUCUGAGAUCUCCAUUUUUUGGAGGGAGCAGUUCUUUGUAGCACUAGUGUAAGGAAGAGACAGAAAACUGACAGCUUUUGUGAAUCAGCGUCCUGGAGCAUCAGCUUUCAGCAGAUUGACUGUAAGAGUAUCCCAGGCUAUGCUGUAGCCAAACUCACUGGCUUGGCAUGAAAAGCUGCCUGAUUACACAUGUAGAGUGCCAUUGCUGGGGGAAUAAGUCAGCAACAUAAUAGAAUUUCCAAACCUAUCCAGGAACAGCUUCACAGGGUACCUUGUGAUUUUUGCCACCAUUAGUUGGGUUUUUCUGUCCAAGGUGGCUCACUGAGCACAGGUCCUUUUAUUAAAAAACCUCAGGACCCAGAUCCAGGUUGGGCUGGGCCCUGGAUGAGCACAAAGAGCAGGAUCUGUAUGAGCCCUGCAGUGGGGGAGAGCUUGGGGCUGGGCUGGGAGCAGGCCAGGCAAGCCAAAUGGCCUUCCCUGCAAGGUAGAAAGUGUUUGGGCACGAAGGAUGUCCUCUCCCCUUGGUUACCUUCUGUGUUGGUAGUGGCCAGUCCUUGCCUCAGAGGAGAUGCUGGUUUCAUCAUCUGAUGGGAUUUCUGCAUUGUAAAAGCUUUUUUAAAAAAAAAAAAAUUAAAAAGGUUUGAAAUUCAUACCAGUAUCUUAAGGACGCUUUUUAAAAUUUUUAUUUAAGGAACCAAUUUCCUUUUAUUCUGUGAGUCAUUUUUCUAAUGUUAAGGUUCCUUUAGUAUCCCCCUUUUUUAUCUGUUCCUAAGAACAGAUUAAAAAACAAGCUGUCAGCCUGGGCAGGGCUGUGCCUGCCUGCAGGGUCAGGCUGCCAAACGAACAAGAAAAUCUGAGACUGAAGAAGAUAUGAUCAGAGCUGUUCAGGUCGUGUGGGAUUUCACAUUGCUGCAGACACACCUCAGAAACACAGCGAGACAGCAAAACCGAACAAGAUGAACAUCUUCAGGAAACCGGUGGGAGUGAGCCUGCUCCUGAAGAGCACCUGGAUCAUACUGUGAUCCUCGUGGAUGUGCGAGGUGUCAUGGGCUGCCUCGGGCACUUCAACAUCCAUCGGUUCCUAUGGGAAUUGGCUGUACUGUCCUCAUUGUUCUGAAUUCCUGCUCUUCACACACGAGGCUCAACUCAAGGUUUUAACAAUGGCCCUUCCCUCACAAAUGACUGUUUGUUUCUCACACUUGAGUGCUGAAUGGUGACGAGGAUUAAUGUACCCAGCUUAACAUAGAUGCUCACUAAAGUGGCCCUUGACUAGAGAGCUGAGCUGGGCAGAGAAAAUGUGGGGUUUUAUUUUGUGCUCUGAGACUAUUUCACAUCAAAAUCUCUUUAGGAACUGGGUGUGUGAGCCCUGUGUCUUUGCUAAAUCCUGUUUUGACCCUUCCUUGGGAUCUGCACAGCCUGACUUGUCAGAUCCUAUUCCAGCAGCUGCCACCUCCCACCCACCGCAGUUCACGUCCCUGAUGAAUAAAGUUGGUGUUUUUCCCCCUC